AAAGAGAGUUGUGUUCCAGUUUGAGGAGAGAGCAGGAAGGAGAAGACUACACAGACCGUAUACUGCUGUACUGUACCUUUACAAGGAACCAUGGUGAAGUCUGUAGCCGUAAUUCUGUCAGGGUGUGGAGUCUACGAUGGGACUGAGAUCCACGAGGCGUCGGCUGUACUGGUCCACCUCAGCAGGGCUGGAGCUAAGGUCCAGAUGUUUGCCCCCAACAUGGAUCAAAUGCAUGUGGUGAACCACUGUGAGGGGAAACCCACGGCGGAGAAACGCAACGUCCUGGAGGAGAGUGCUCGUAUCGCCCGCGGCGAUGUGUCUGACCUCGACAAGCUAGAGGUCACCGCCUUUGACGCCCUCGUUAUCCCAGGUGGUUUUGGCGUGGCUAAAAACCUGUCUGACUGGGCGGUGAAGGGGAAGGAGUACACGGUUCAACCCCAGGUAGAGAAGCUGAUUAAGGGGUUCCAUACUGCAGGGAAGCCCCUGGCUAUGUGCUGCAUCUCCCCUGUCCUGGCUGCUAAGGUCCUGCCGGGGUGUGAGAUCACCGUGGGACAGGACAAGGAGUGUAAGAGAUGGCCCAAUGCCCAGACAGCAACUGCCAUGACGGAGAUGGGCUGUAAACAUGUGAAUAAGAAAGUGGGGGAGGUCCACAUCGAUGUGAAGAACAAGCUGGUCACCUCCUCCGCCUUCAUGUGUAACGCUCCCAUACAUGAGGUGUUUGAUGGGGUGGGCGUCAUGGUUACAGAGCUGCUCAAACUGGCCUAGGAGACGUCUGGGAUUCAGAAUACUGAUGAACUGUGCUUCCCAAAAGGAACCCUAUUCCCUUGAUAGUGCUAAUGAGCCUUUGUGCAAAGUAGGGCACAGGGAACCAUUUGGGAAUCACCCUUACAAUCAUGUUUGUUGUUGUUUGUGUUUGUUGUUGUUUGUUUACCUGGAGACCGUCCUGAUCUGAAUGUACUGGACACAGAUUGUGUUUCUGUUGUAUCAUCGAUCUCUCUGACUGUGGGAUGACUUUUGCCAUUAUCAAAAUUGUAAUAAAAGUCCAACCAAACCAUG